AUGAGCUAUUCUACCACAGAUGAGAGAUUGAUGGAUUCACCCAAAAGAACGGAAAGCACUGAGAUCUAAUCUGACAGUUAAAUGUUUAAGAAGGGAUUUAAUCCGUCAUUCCUGGGAAUUUAAUAAACAUCGAAAGUCACUGUGUCUAGGAGAUAUCUCGAUACUAAAACUCAUGGAGUUCAAUUAUAUUAUUAAGAAUUUACUCCUUAGAUUGUGGAUGCUCAAGUAAUUAUAGUCCAUGGAUUUGGUGAACAUUCAGGAAAUUAUCAAUAAUUGACAGAUUCUUUUCUGUUCAAUAAUUUUAAAGUUUACCUCUAUGACCAAAGAGGAUUCGGUUAUUCUGGAGGCAUAAGAGGGUAGGCGACAGUUGAAUAAAUGCACAUGGAUUUAGACACCGUUUUACAAUUGGUAGAUAGAUCAGUUCCUUUAUUUAUAUUUUGUCAUGCUCUUGGGGCUUCGAUGGUGAUCAGUUUCUGUUUAAUGAAUCCUUCAUUUCAAUUUUAGGGACUCAUUUGUAGUAAUGCUCAAUUACGAGUCCCAGCCAAAUAUGGAAAAUUUAAGAUGCUCACUCUCAAGCUCAUGACAAAACUAUGUCCUGAUCUCUAAGUCAACACAUACCACAAUUUAUCAUAUGCCUCAAAAAAUAAUCAUCACAUCAAAAAACUUGCAACUGAUCACCUCAUGCAUCCUUAUAUGAGCAUCCAAUUUGCAUACAAUGUACUUCUAUUUCAGCAAUUCAUCUUGCCCAAUGCAACGAAAUUCAGAAUCCCCAUAUUGUUAUUGCAUGGAAAGGAGGAUAAGGUUGCAUCUCACUUAGAUUCCCUUGACUUCUACAGGAUCAUCUAAUCCAAGGAGAAAACACUCAAAAUAUUUGACUAGGGAUUCCAUGAGUUGCACAAUGAUUCUGAAUGGCCUAAGAUGAAAAUACUCAUCACCCAAUGGUGUACGAAAAUGUUAAGCAAAGAUAUCAAAAUGUCAUUUAUGAGGGAACACAAAUUUGGAGUGGUUGUUAAACAAUACAGAAGCAAAAUUAGAAUCAUUUUGACAAUUCUUCUAAUUUUAUUCAGAAAAAAAUAUGUUUGUUUAAAAACAAGUACUAAACUUAGCAUCAUAAUCUUCAUAGAGUUACUUCUUAGAGUGUUCAUUCCUAAUUGAAUAUUUGUAAAUUUUUAUAUAU